GGUCCUAAGGAGUCUUAACGCACCCGCCCGCCUCGCCGGGCCUCCGCCGCUGCUUUCGCCGCCUGAGCCGCCACCGGCUCUGCAUCUCUAUCCCCGGCGUCCUCGUCCUCGCCCGAUCGCGCCAUGGAAGGUUACCACAAGCCAGAUCAGCAGAAGCUGCAGGCCUUGAAGGACACGGCCAAUCGCCUGCGCAUCAGCUCCAUCCAGGCCACCACCGCGGCAGGCUCCGGCCACCCCACAUCAUGCUGCAGCGCUGCUGAGAUCAUGGCUGUCCUAUUUUUCCAUACCAUGCGCUACAAGGCCCUGGAUCCCCGAAACCCUCACAACGAUCGCUUUGUGCUCUCCAAGGGCCAUGCAGCUCCCAUCCUAUAUGCAGUCUGGGCUGAAGCUGGCUUCCUGCCCGAGGCAGAGCUGCUGAACCUGAGGAAGAUCAGCUCUGACUUGGACGGGCAUCCUGUCCCGAAACAAGCCUUCACCGAUGUGGCCACUGGCUCCCUGGGCCAGGGCCUGGGAGCUGCGUGUGGAAUGGCAUACACAGGCAAAUACUUCGACAAAGCCAGCUACCGAGUCUACUGCAUGCUGGGAGACGGGGAAGUGUCCGAGGGCUCUGUCUGGGAGGCCAUGGCCUUCGCUGGCAUUUACAAGCUGGACAACCUGGUUGCCAUUUUUGACAUCAACCGGCUGGGCCAGAGCGACCCAGCUCCCCUGCAGCACCAGGUGGACAUCUACCAGAAGCGCUGUGAGGCCUUUGGUUGGCACGCCAUCAUCGUGGAUGGACACAGCGUGGAGGAGCUGUGCAAGGCCUUUGGCCAGGCUAAGCACCAACCAACAGCCAUCAUCGCCAAGACCUUCAAGGGCCGUGGGAUCUCAGGGAUUGAAGACAAGGAUUCAUGGCAUGGGAAGCCCCUCCCCAAAAACAUGGCUGAGCAGAUUAUCCAGGAGAUUUACAGCCAGGUCCAGAGCAAAAAGAAGAUCCUGGCCACGCCCCCUCUGGAGGAUGCCCCUUCAGUGGACAUUGCCAACAUCCGCAUGCCCACCCCACCCAGCUACAGAGUGGGGGACAAGAUAGCCACCCGGAAGGCCUAUGGACAGGCCCUCGCCAAGCUGGGCCAUGCCAGUGACCGCAUCAUUGCCCUGGAUGGGGACACCAAAAAUUCCACCUUCUCGGAGCUCUUUAAAAAGGAGCACCCAGACCGCUUCAUUGAGUGCUACAUUGCCGAGCAAAACAUGGUGAGCAUCGCUGUAGGGUGUGCCACACGCGACAGGACGGUUCCCUUCUGCAGCACCUUCGCGGCCUUCUUUACUCGGGCCUUCGACCAGAUUCGCAUGGCAGCCAUCUCGGAGAGCAACAUCAACCUCUGUGGCUCCCACUGUGGCGUGUCCAUUGGGGAAGAUGGGCCCUCGCAGAUGGCCCUGGAAGACCUGGCCAUGUUUCGGUCGGUCCCCAUGGCAACCGUCUUUUACCCGAGCGACGGAGUCGCAACAGAGAAGGCGGUGGAGUUAGCAGCCAACACGAAGGGCAUCUGUUUCAUCCGGACCAGCCGCCCAGAAAAUGCCAUCAUCUACAGCAACAAUGAGGACUUCCAGGUUGGCCAAGCCAAGGUGGUUCUGAAGAGCAAAGAUGACCAGGUGACAGUGAUCGGGGCUGGCGUGACUCUGCAUGAGGCCUUGGCCGCUGCGGAGCUGCUGAAGAAAGAGAAGAUCAGCAUCCGGGUGCUGGACCCCUUCACCAUCAAGCCCCUGGACAGGAAGCUCAUUCUUGACUGUGCGCGUGCAACCAAAGGCAGGAUUCUCACGGUGGAGGAUCACUACUAUGAAGGUGGCAUAGGUGAGGCUGUGUCUACUGCAGUAGUGGGUGAACCUGGAGUCACUGUCACCCGCCUGGCUGUUGGCCAAGUACCAAGAAGUGGGAAGCCAGCUGAGCUGCUGAAGAUGUUUGGUAUUGACAAGGACGCCAUUGUGCAGGCUGUGAAGGGCCUUGUCACCAAGGGCUAGGGAGGGCAUGGGGUGCUGGGCGGGGGAGCUGCACAUUCCUGCGAGGUUCUGGCAUGGUGCUCAAAGAUGUAACUGAGAGGAGACAAGAAGGCGUAAAUAUAUGUUUUGAGAAAAAUGAA